UGCGUCAGCGCAGCCGCGGAACCGCUUCCGCUCGCCUCUUCACGGCCCUCACACCACCGGGUGGGAGACGCCACUCCACAUAUAUAACGCGAGACCACAGACCCACCAGCAAGCAGUUACCACAGCUUCAGCAUGAAGGUAUUCGUGUGUCUGUUAGCCCUGGCCGUGGCCGCAAGAGCCGGUUUCAUCGGCGGCGGUAGUGGCGGUUGGUCCGGAGGCGGCGGCGGCGGCUAUGGCGGUGGCGGUUGGUCCAGCGGUGGGGGCGGCGGCGGCUGGAAGCUCAGCAGCGGCGGCGGUGGCGGCUGGUCGAGCGGCGGCGGUGGUGGCUGGAAGUCCGGCGGCGGCGGUGGCGGCUGGUCCGGCGGCGGUGGCGGAUACGGAGGCGGCAGCGGCGGACAGGUGAAGAUCAUUAAGAUCAUCACAACUGGCGGCGGCGGCGGCGGCGGUCACGGAGGUUGGUCCGGCGGCGGCGGCGGCGGCGGCUAUGGCGGCGGCGGCUGGUCUAGCGGCGGCGGCGGCGGUGGCUGGAAGCUCGGCGGCGGAUCCAGCGGUUGGUCUAGCGGCGGCGGCGGCGGCGGCUGGAAGCUCGGCGGUGGCUCCAGCGGCUGGUCGAGCGGCGGCGGAGGCGGUGGCUGGAAGUCCGGCGGCGGCGGUGGCGGCUGGUCCAGCGGCGGCGGUUCUUCCGGCUGGUGGUGAUCUAACCUUGUGAUAUUCUCUUAGUACAAAUUUUUC